UUCUUUAUUUCUUUAUCAUUAUUCAUCUUCUUAUUCCCCUCACACUGAUUAUUACUACGAUCGCCACCGUGUAGAGCCAGAACAACAACCCGUGUUCCACUUCACCGGAGCAAAGCCUCACCGUCGUCGCCACCGUCUAGGGUUAACACAGUUUAGGGUUUCCCUCUCUUCGCCAAGCUGGAUAGACACAGAGAAGACCGCUACAACAAUGAUUCUCAUUCUCCAACCAACUAUCGCCACUCCAGGGGUGGUGGUGGUUUUAACAACAAUCCCCACUCUCGUUUCUCCGAUUCUCCCAUGAAUUUCAACCACCGCACCCCCGCCGGUUUCCGCUCCGGCGGUGUCACUCACCACCACCGCGCCUUUGACAGCCCCCCGCGCCGCCCAAUGGGCGGUGAGGCUCCUGGAGGUUUUGGAUUCAACGGGAACCGGUCAAUGGGCGGUGACGGUCCUGGUGAUUUCGGAUUCAAUAGUAACCGGUUAAUGGGCGCUGAGGGUUCUGGAGAAUUUGGAUUCAAUGGUCACCAGCCACCGCCUCUGUCUGGUCAGAAACGAGGGUUUCCUUUCUCUUCUGGACGCGCCGGACCUUCACCCGGUGAGCAUUCUCAUUCCGAUCGGUCUGAUGGUGGAAAUUUCGCCAAACUUUUUGUUGGAUCUGUUCCUCGAACCGCCUGUGAAGAAGAUAUUCGCCCUUUGUUUGAGGAACAUGGGAAUGUGAUUGAGGUUGCCUUAAUCAAAGAUAGAAAGACAGGACAGCAUCAAGGUUGUUGUUUCAUAAAAUAUGCUACCUCUGAAGAAGCUGAUCAGGCAAUUAGAGCAUUGCAUAAUCAACUUACUCUUCCUGGAGGUAUUGGUCCCAUCCAAGUACGGUAUGCUGAUGGUGAACGGGAACGCCUUGGUGCUGUUGAGUACAAAUUAUUUGUGGGCUCUCUGAACAAACAGGCUCCAGUCAAUGAAGUUGAGGAAAUUUUCUCAAAAUACGGGCGUGUUGAAGAUGUUUAUCUUAUGCGUGAUGAGAAUAAGCAAAGUCGUGGAUGUGGGUUUGUUAAAUACUCAAAUAGAGAUAUGGCGCUGGCGGCUAUUAAUGGACUUAACGGAAUCUAUACAAUGAGAGGUUGUGAUCAACCACUUAUUGUCCGGUUUGCUGAUCCUAAGAGACCUCGUCAAGGAGAUUCCAGGGGUCCUGCAUUUGGAGGUUCAGGAUUUGGCCCCAGAUUUGAUGCGCCAGGCACAAGACUUCCAUCCAAGGUUUCUGAUCCUAUGGGUGAUCGGAUGCCUCCCUCUAAUACUUGGCGUCCAAUGCAUCCAAAUAUGGGGCCAUCCUCUAAUGCUGGUUUUCAUGGUAUGGGGCCUCCGUUGCUACCAAAAUCUGGUGACAUGGCAUUGCCUACAAAUGCAGGUGGUCCUAUGACUGGCAUGGGUGCCCACAUAGAUGGACGUUUUCAACAGAAUUUCAACCAGCCUCGACCGCAAAUUCCACCAGUCAAUCAACAAACAUCGCCAUUGCAGAAACCUGUUCAUUCGUCUCAAACUCCUAUUCCCUACCCACAAACAUCAACACAUUCAUCUCUUAGGCCGCGUGGUCAGCCACAGCAUCCUCUUUCUGCCAGUCCUCUUCCUUCACAGCAGGGACUUGGCAUAAGUGGACAGUUUCCAACUUCUCAAACCCAAACUCAGCAGAGUCCUUUGUCUGCUAAACUUCCUCAGGCCCCACUUGAUUCCAGGGUACAAUCUAAUACAGCGUUGCGUACACCAAAUCAACAGCAAGUUCCUCCCUCUAUGCAGCAGCAGCAGCCAUUUCAGCCUCUUCAGCAACCCCCUUCUCAGUUAGCUCAGAUGUUGUCACAACAAAAACAGAAUUUACAAGCAAGCUUUCAUUCAUCUCAGCAGGCCUUCUCCCAGCUUCAACAACAAUUACAGAUGAUGCAACCAUCUAGUCAAGCAUUAACAUCACAGCAAAAUGCAGAAGCUACUAACAAGCAGUCUCCAUGGGCUGGAACUGUUGCACAGGGAGCAGUCAGCACCCAUGUGGCUGCACCCGCUGCGGAUGUGCCUUCGUCCACAUCUGCUGCUUCCAGUGUACCAGCAAUAAGCCAGAACACGACUCUUGCAAAAUGUAAUUGGACAGAACACUUAUCUCCUGAGGGCUUCAAGUACUACUAUAAUAGUGUCACUGGGGAAAGUCGGUGGGAGAAACCUGAGGAAUUUGGAUUAUCUGAACAGCAACAACAGAGGCCAUAUGCUCAGCAGUCUCGAACGCAGUCACAGCCUUCAGUUCUUGCCGCCCAGCAAGUUGCACAAAUCCAACAGGCUCAGCCUCAAAGUAAUCUCCAAGGACAGGUUUUCAACCAGCAACAAAUGCAGCUGCCCUCUGUGUCUUCUUCGUUCCAGGCAUAUGGAGUUACAGGUCAUCAAAAUAAUCAGGAAGUUGGUUUUAAACAAUUACAGGCAUCAGCUAUAUCAGGUGGUGAUCCUAGACGCUACUCACAGUUUCAGGGUAUGAAUACUGCACAAGAGUUGAUGUGGAAAAAUAAGCCUGCAGGUUUCAAUUCAGGAGUUUAAACUUAGAUGGGUUUGGAUGAUACAGCUUUUCAAUGGCUGUGGAACAGAAUCUCUGGUCUCUGAUGCUUAAUGGUAGGAGACCACCCACCCACCCCACCUUCAUUCUGAUCCUAUGUGACAUACAUGUAACCUUUUUGUACGCAUUCAUGAGUUAUUUGGUCCUCAUUGAUGAGGUUUCACUAUCACUUACUGGCUCUGCAACAAGGGCUAUGGAGCUCAAUACACGUGGCAAUAAAAUGCCCCACGUAGAUCGUCAUGUAACAUAAGCUUCACUUUAAUAAUAGAUUUUAACUUGACCAUUAGUAUUAAGGACACAACAUGGUAGUUCCUGUGGCGCUUGUGUUUUUUGCUAAUAAAAUCACAACGUGUAUUACUUUA